AGAAGAAAACACUUUUCUGCUCAGGUCACAUGACCUGGAAACAUGGCCGCUUGAGAAUGCUGAGAAAGCUAUCGAGCAAUAACAAUUACUUUGAACAGCACAAGUACUUAUCUAUAGGAUCCUUUACGGAAAUCUGGGAGCCUCGUGGGUAUGAAGUAGCUUUACCGCGUUUGCUGAAGUUCCUCUUUGCUGCUGGAGACCAUGAAGCUGCGUGUCCAGCUGCAAUGCAAGAACCUGCAUGAAUACCUGAAGGAGCUGAGUCCGGAGAUUUUGGACAGACUCUACAACCACCCAGCGACAUGCCUGGCUGUGUACAGGGAACUCCCCUCACUGGCAAAGAAUUAUGUGAUGCGCAUGCUGUUCCUGGAUCAGCCUCUCCCCCAGGCAGCUGUGGCAUUGUGGGUAAAGAAAGACAGUCAGAAGGACCACGAUGAAUGUGUCUCAGUGUUGGCUGGUCUCCGCCUCUGGCACAGUCAGCAGCUGCAGGGUGGUCUGCAGGGAUACAUUUUAAAUCCGGUGUUUAAAGACAACCUGAGGACAGCUUUGCUCGGGGGGGGGCGAGCUUGGGCUGAUGAGGGGAGCACGCUGGGCCCUGACCGCCAUGCACGAGACAUUGAGAGUCUUGACCGCUAUGCUAUGGAGCGCUGGGAGAUCAUCCUGCAGUUUAUGGUGGGUUCUCCCAGCGCUGUCAGCCAGGACCUGGCACAGCUUUUGGUUCAAGCAGGCCUCAUGAAAAGUGAAGUAGGAGAGGCGCCCUACAUCACCUCAGCUGGCUUCCAGUUCCUCCUUCUGGACACAGCCUCUCAGCUAUGGUACUUCACCUUGCAGUACCUCAAAACUGCUCAGUCCAGAGGGAUGGACCUGGUGGAGAUCUUGUCAUUCUUAUUCCAGCUCAGUUUCUCUAGUCUGGGCAGAGAUUACUCGGUGGAGGGUAUGAGCGAGUCGUUACUUACUUUUCUGCAGCACCUGCGAGAGUUUGGACUGGUGUUCCAAAGAAAGAGGAAGUCCAGGAGAUAUUAUCCCACCAGGCUGGCAAUCACUCUGGCUGCAGGAGUCGCCAGCAGCUCCUCCUCUAACCUGGCUUCCAGUCCUGGUACUGGAGAUGCAGGUUUCAUUGUGGUGGAAACCAAUUAUCGUAUCUAUGCCUACACAAAUUCAGAACUUCAGAUUGCUCUGGUGGCUCUCUUCAGUGAAAUGCUCUACCGCUUCCCCAAUGUAGUUGUGGCUCAGCUGACAAGGGAGUCUGUGCAACAGGCUAUCGCCAACGGGAUCACUGCACAGCAGAUUAUCCAUUUUCUGAGGACCAGAGCUCACCCUGUCAUGCUCACUCAGACCCCAGUGCUGCCUCCAACUAUAACAGACCAGAUCAGACUGUGGGAGCUGGAGAGAGAUCGCCUGCAGUUCACAGAGGGUGUCCUCUAUAACCAGUUCCUCUCCCAGGCUGACUUUGAGGUUCUGCGAGACAGAGCUCAGGGCCUGGGCUGUCUGGUGUGGCAGGAUGUGGCCCACAGAGUGAUGGUGGUGACACCACAGGGACACAGCGAGGUCAAGAGGUUCUGGAAACGUCAGCGAUCUCACACGUAAACGGAGGAGGAGAAAUGUGGCUUUUCUUGCUUUCCACUACCAUCACCGUUGUUAGUGCGAUAGGAAAGUGAAGAUGACUUUGUGUUUUUUAUAACAUGCUAGCAUCUGAGUAUUAAACUGAACAGUUUCUGCUCAUGCUUUCCUUUUUGAGUAGCUGCGUGUAUCCUAUACUCAGAAUCAGGUUUUGAUUACUGAGUUCUUGAAGACACCCUUUGGACUCUAAGUACUACAAAGUACUGUGGAACAUCCACUGAAAAUAAUCGUAUACCUGGUGGAGUUAAAGUGAAACAGCUGACAGCAAUAAUGGAACCAAACUCAGGAGAUUAAUUUGUAAGAAGCCAACUUUAUUGAUCUGUUUGGUGUUGUGACCUGAAAACGAAGUGCGUGGCUCAAAGACACCCUGUACACACUGGAUAAGGGAUCAAGAAGGAUUGUGGCCUUUUAUAUUUUUGAGUUCAGAAUAAAAGUUGUUGAAUUAUA